CUAGACUCAAAAUCAAGUCCAACUAAACGCCAGGCUAACUAAUAAUACUCCCAACUAAAAUCAAGCCCCCUAUAAAACCAUCAUAAGAUCAUCCAAAUACCAUUUGAUUAGGAUAGAGUGCCGAGCAGGACAGGAUUAUCCUGUUAGUCGAGAGUAGUUUAUACCUGGCAGGCGGCGAGGAAACAAACAAACACUACACAAAAUCUCGUAUCCGGUCAACCGUAGGCAGGCAAUAUAAUUUAACGCCACAACACUAUUACCAGAAGAGGAGCAUCUGCAGCAGAGAGAGAGAGAGGGAGAAAGAAAGAGAGUGCGGUGACCAUCCCGUCGAAUGAUGUUAGACAUUAAGAAGACCAGAGGAUUCCACAAGAUUCCACAGGCAUCCAAAUUACAGUCAACAACGAAAGCAGCAUCAUCGCUAGUAGCCACAUCAGGAAAAAGUCCAAACGAAGUGCCAUCACCAGGAGGAUCGGCAGGAUCAAGAGUAGGAGCUACUAAUCCGGUGCGAGCGGCCAAUCAGCGCUUCUUCCUAGUGUCCAGCUACAAGGACCCCACAUUUCUGAAGGCCGAAUGCGAGUUGGCCCAUGCGCAUGUGACAACGAGCAAGGUGAAAACCACGUCCCAGCUGCACAGGCGGAGUCGAGCGGGUGAGGAUUCCAGGAACAACAACUACAACGCUAGCCGGGCACCAACGCUGGUUAAUAUGCGACGCACGUCCAUGUUCAAUGGCAAUCAGCAACAAACCACCACCAGUAGCACCACCAUCACCAACACCACCAGCAGGAACAGCACCAGUAACACCAGCAACGGAGUGCUCAAGUACAGCGUCCGCUCCACGACGGCAACUGCAACUGCAACUUCCACGUCUACCAGGAGCUACGGCAAGCUGAAACCGCUCAAUAAUAACCAAACGACCGCUGAAGCAGCUAUGAUGAAUGGACACACCACUAAUAAUAAUAACAACACCAGCACCAGCAGCAACAUCAACAACGGCGGCAACAACAACAUGCUACGCCAAGAGCAGCAACACGAUGACAUUAGCUACAUAGACAGCGAUGAUCCGCCGGCAACUGGUGGCCCUGGAGGCGGAGUAUCGACAGCCAAGAAGAGCAUUUGCUACUUCAAACCCAUCACCCCGCCGCUGCAGCUGCGGCAUCAGCAAAAUCAAGCUCAGCAGCAGGAACAACAGCCGCAACCCAGCAGCUCCAAGUCAGCCAGCCAUCGCUAUCAACGACCCAAGUCCACCAUUAUAGCAUCGGCCCACUCGAACUUCGCGGUCAGCUAUGAGAAGUUCGGUGGUGGUCUCUAUAGGCAGGCCAAUGGCGAGACGAACGCGGAGAGCAGGACCAGCAGCAAUGCCAGAAAAUACGGCAUUGAUUCGUUGAGUAUCAAGGCCUCCAUAGAGAAGUUCAACAACCUCAGUGGUCAGAAGAGGCAAACUCCGGGCUCUGGCUCGGGAGUAGGAUCUACCAGUGCUACAGGGUCCAGUUCAGGAGGCGGACCGUUGUCCGGAGCUAUCCGUAGCAAUCACGGAUCCCAGGCAGGUGGUAGCAGCAGUAACCUGCAGCAGCGCUACAGCAGCGACCUGGACAACAUCCGCGUGGCGGCCGGAUAUAGUAGUUCUCUGACCAGAGCAGCCUAUCGGACUACAGCCACAAUGAAUAGUGUUAGCGCGCCGGUAGCGGGAACCUCUGGAUUAGGCGGCCCUAUUGGCGGCAGCGGAGGAGGAGGAGCCGCCACGGCGAUGGUUCAGCCCACGAGCAAGGUAACGGUGCGGGGUACUCACGGCAACCGGCAGCCAAUCGCGUGCGAUAGCCUGGCCAUAACCGGCAAGGCAAACAAGGAUGCAACGGCAGCAGAAACACCUACUGUUGCCACCGCCACUGCCACUGCCACAGCCACAGCAACACCCACACCAGCCACGUCUUCCGUCUCCACAGCCACAGCCACAGCUUCAAACUCCGCCAGCGAUAGUACGUUGGCGAGAAGCGGCACUGGGAGUAGCAGCAGUGCCCGGAGCGUCCUGCCGCCCAUGACUCCCACGUCAAGUCGGUACUGGGAUCGGGACAGCGGCACCAGCCGCAGCAGCAUCAGCACCUCCUCCGCGCUCAACUCGUCAUCCCUGAAACACAAUUCGGAUGAUGGCUACAAGAGCGCCUCCGCAUCGCGGGAUGAGAAGUCCGAAGGUCUGUGCGGUCUGCGAAACAUCGGGAACACUUGCUUUAUGAACUCGGUCAUCCAGUGCCUGAGUCACACGCAAGAGCUGACCCGCUUCUUGCGGUCGCACCACGGCUCUCGUUCGUCAUCCACCAAGGAUCAGCAGAUACUCCACGAAUUUGCCAAACUCAUUCAGGAGAUGUGGACCUCUAACGUGCACACGGUAACGCCCAUGGAGUUAAAGAGGGCGUUCUCCACCAAACACCGCAUGUACAGCGACUACAACCAACAGGAUGCGCAGGAGUUUCUUCGUUUUUUUCUUGACUCGCUGCAUUCGGCCCUCAACUCGGGCGUCAAGGGUGAGACGCUCAACAUUGACGAUAAUCUCAGUGACAAUAAGAAGGCGGACCUGACCUGGGAGUGGUAUACGCGGCACGAGAACUCUCUGGUGCGCGACCUUUUCGUGGGUCAGCUCAAGAGCACACUGAAGUGCACCACCUGCGGCAACACCAGCGUCACCUUUGAUCCGUUCUGGGAUCUGAGCGUACCGUUGCCGUCUUCUUCUCGCUGCAAGCUAGAGGCUUGCCUCGACCUCUUUAUUCGCGAAGAGGUCCUUGACGGCGACGAAAUGCCCACGUGCGCCAAAUGCAAGACGCGGCGAAAAUGCACCAAAAGCUUCACCAUCCAGCGUUUCCCGAAAUAUCUGGUUAUACACUUAAAACGCUUUUCGGAGACGCGCUGGAGCAAGCUGUCCAACAUCGUUGAAUUUCCUACAUCAGACAGCGAGCUAAACAUGGGGUCUUAUGGCGCCAACUCCAACUCAAAUGUGCAUUACUCGCUCUAUGCGAUAUCGAAUCAUAUGGGCUCAACGGCUGGUGGUCAUUAUGUUGCCCUCUGCAAGCAUCCAGUCUCCCGCAAGUGGCACGAAUUUAAUGAUAAUAUAGUCAGCGAGGCCUUGUCCGAAAACCAUCUCGUUUCAUCCAGUGCCUAUAUUCUUUUCUACGAGCGUACGUAAAGCCCAAUCCGUGCUCUACGGCAACCGGAAGGUGCAGUGUCGAGAACAAUGGGGUUCCAGAUGUCCCGGCGGACUCUUCAGAUAGGAUGGAAAUCAAGUUGACCAUGAGGCGGGAUGAGAGCAGGAGGAAACAGGAGGAGCAAACGAACUCUUAGAAACGCUUCGUAGAAUUGCAUACAAACAAUUUACUUAAUUUAACUCAACUUAAAAGCAAAACAAAACUAACUCCUAACUUAAAGCAGAAACCAAAACAAAAACGGAAGAAACUGAAGAAAAUUGCAUACAAAACGAGAGUAAAUGUACAUAUAAAAACAAACUUCGAUGGCUAAACUAUACAACUAAAGGAACAAGAAUAUAACUCCGACGAAAAACAAUGAAUCUGUGCAAUAACAACUUUCGGCAAACCAAGCAACCUCAAGCCGCAGGAUAAACGCAAGAGAAGCAAAUACUAACUAGUGACAGGAUAUUCUUUUAUAAGGAUACUGAAAGCAAUCAGCGGCAGCAACGAUACAAUGUUUCAAUAUUUCUCUCUUUCUAAGUGUUAUUUAUUAAAACUAAAUUUUCAAUUUGCAUCGACGUACUCUCCCUGUCUCUUUUUCGCGUGUCAGUCUAUCUCUUUCUUAUUGAUUGACUCCAUUGGUUUUGGUUUGCCGAAGGAAAGUGUCCUGUGGUUGUGUGUAAAAAUAAACAAAUAAAAUAGAGCGUGGGAAAGGAAGCUAAAUAUAUAUUUUCAAUUCGUCUUGUGCAAUAUAUUUCAUAAAGAUACAAAACAAAAUUAACUGCAAUAAGCACUGCAAACUAAAAACGGUUCAAACCCAAAACGCAAUCGCACCACAAAAAUCACCGUAGAUAAGAGAAAUGGCUUUUUAGCUACUAAAGAGGAUUGUAAUAUUAAUUAAUUGAUAAACGAGCAACCAAUUGAAUGAAAGGGGACGCGAAGUAAAGCUGAAAUCUAAAUUGUGAAAACGUACUUAUGAUAAUUGCUAGUAGUAAAAUUUAAAAAGAAACGAUCACCAGCAACAACACCAAAAACCCAUUGUUAUCCUUUGGCCAAGACACCUACCAACCAAACAACCAACAAACCAAGAAAACCAUUAAGCCCAUGUAGUAAAGGGUGAUUUCCAAAAUAAGACACCAACCAGUAACAGGGAAUUUUCCCAGGGUACAAAAGACCGUUACGAAGUUCGUUUUAAUGUUAUACCAUAUUUUGUGUUUUUAUUUUGUUUGGCUUGCGAGAAGAUACCAAAACUAGUCUCAAAGAAGAAAAGUUAUGUAUGGAGCCACCACUUUACGAAAUACACUUUUUAUUUGUUUGAUUUUGUGCGUAUUUUGUAGUUUAAGUCGAGCGUUUUUCCACAACCCAGCAAUCCUACUUAUACUGGCUAUAUAUAUUUUUGUUGCUUGUUUUGUUUUUAUAUACCUACAUAUAUAAUAUAUCUUAUGUAAUUUAUUUAUUUAUUGUAUUUAUGUAAAUGAUAUGGAGAAAUACACCCAAACACCUACACUCACACUCAGCGAAACAGGAUGUGUACAUAAUGUAACUUGUUUCCUACUGAUCCAUGAAGAACUACACAAACUACAAACUACAGCUAAACCACUCUGAAAUUUGGACGAAAGAUAAUAAAAGUAACCAAGACAGAUUAUUUAUUUCUUUGUAAAAAAGUGCAACUCCUUUUUCUGGCUUAAAUAUUAGUUACGAUUAUAAUUGUUGGAUAUUUUACUAACGUUAAUGAAAAACUAAAAAGGAAAGCAAAAAAAUUAUUGAAAACACCAAGAGAAACGGAAAAAUAAACGCAAAAA